AUGCUAGCAGAACAACAUGUACAGAAGAACAAAAAUACUGACUCUGCGAUACGUAGUGACUCAGGAAGCACAGAUAUCAAUGGAAAUUGGUAUUGUCAGCCAGUCCAGGCUAUCCGAUACAGCAAUGUCGGCUCUUCGGGCUCGUAUGAUCGAAUUACCCAAAUGAAUUCCGAUGGCAUUUGCGCCUCCCUACCGAACAACUUCGCCGGCAACCUUGCCCCCUUUGACGAAGAAGUCUCCGUUCAUUUCCGUGGCCCAUUGCAUCUAAAGCAGUUCGCGGCUUAUGCUCCUCCGGAGUCUUCGAAGCAGAAGCGCCGCGCUCCUGGAAUGCAAGGAAGAGGCCAUUUCCACCGCCAUCAGCAUAUGCACAACCUCCCAAUUAGGAAUGUGGAAGGACAUAAGGAGAAGCGCAAGAUGAUAUCGGCCACGAUUGAUGGGGAAAAUCAAGAUUGGGAGAACAAUUGGUCCGGAAGCAGCGCCGGUAUCGAUCCAUCCACCGUUUGGGUCACGGCCACCAUUGACGGCCAAAUUGUCUCGUGGCUCAAUAAUUGGUUUGGGUCAUCCUCUGGUAUCCCUGCUACAGCAAGUUCGACCCCUCCUGCAGAACCGCAUACCAAUCAAGUUACCAAACCUACCGUCACCAUCCUCAGUUCCACUACCGCACCGACAAGCACUACGGCGCCGGUAGCUCAACACCAGCCCUCCCAAGAUAGUUCCUCAGCCAAGCCCUCCGCUGGAAGUUCCGGAUCCCAUAGUCCUGGGGUUUUUGGACGCAUCGGCUACUAUGACUCUGCUUCCCAAACUGUCAAUAACGUGGUCUUCCUAGGAAACCAUGGUGGCCAAGGAUCUGGCGUAUUUGACGAACACUUCGGUGCUUCCCUUGCCUACUCAAAUUGUGAUGCCACUGGUGGCGCAGCAAGCCCCCAGAUUCUUGCUGAUAAAGUUCUUCCAUCCAACACUGAGGUUGUCAUGAUGCUUGAUCGAGAUUGCAGUGAUGGCGGAUGUGGUUUUGUCAGGCCAGGAACUGUUGCUCAUCACGGUUUUGGUGGAGCAGACAAGGUCUUUUUGUUCGAGUUCUCAAUGCCUAUGGCUGAUAGCAACGGUUUCGACGCGGAUAUGCCCGCUAUUUGGCUGCUCAAUGCCCAGAUCCCGCGCACACUUCAAUACGGAAAUGCUGACUGUUCGUGCUGGAAGUCUGGUUGCGGCGAACUCGACAUUGCAGAGGCACUUGAGUCCGGCUCCAUGUUUUUAAAGUCGACUAUUCACGCAAACAGGGCGGCCGGCGACUCUGAUUAUUUCCCGCGCCCAAACACCGACACCAUGAAACUCGCUGUUGUCUUCAAUGCCGCCAACUCAACAGUUCAUCUCCAGAUCCUGCCCGAUAGUACUGUGUUUCCGGAGUCGCUCACUGAAGAUGAAAUCCUUAGAAUGUGCAACGCAACUCCCGGAAAGGCUGUUUCUCACUUCGCAGUCUCUUGA